AUGAGUGCUAUGUUGGACAUGCGUGUCCUGAGAACUCGCAUAGACCCAGAGCCGUGUCAUGCAGGUUACUACCAAGAUCAAGUAGGCCAGAGCGCCUGCAAGGUGUGUAAGCCUGGAUACUUCUGUCCCGGUAUGCUCUCAGCCUCCGGACCAGACGGCACUGUCCUAUGUCCGUCGGGGUCCUACUGCCCUUCUGGAACCAGCGUUGCACAUCCUUGCAGCCCCGGGACGUACGGGCCUUCACCAGGGCUGGCCGCUUGCCAGGGGUGCCCGAGCGGGAAAGCAUGCGUACAGCCAGGGACCAUCCAACCGACGGUAUGUCCAGCAGGAUACUACUGCGAGUCGAACUGCUCGUCGCCUACUCCGUGUCCCAUCGGCACAUACAGCAGCUCGCUCGGACUCGAGGCAGAGUCUGAGUGCCGCCUGUGUCCGGCGGGUCGGUACUGCGCCUCAGUAGGUAUUACACAGAGCACGGGGGAGUGCAUAGCGGGGAUAUUCUGCGAGGCAGGGGCGAAUGACUCGUCGACGCUCGUCGACGCGGAGUCGCCCUCAGGGCGGCGGAGAGUAAUACCGUGUCCAGCGGGGCACUACUGCAUAGCAGGGUCCGAGGCACCCUCGCCUUGUCCUCCAGGGACCUACUGUGCAGGCGGAGACUCUCUACCCGCUCCAUGCGAGCCCGGGACGUACAACCAGGAAGCGAUGCAGACGAGCUGCAAGCCAUGUCCGCCCGGGUACAUCUGUAGCCCAGGCGCAGUCGUGGACUAUGCGAGAGGGCGAGCGUAUGCAGUAGAGGGGCUCGAGGCGUGCGCCGAUCCUGACGUCGGGAUGCCGAGCUGGACGCAGGAGCUGGUCGGAGGGGCGGCCAGUCUGAUAGGCGGGGUAGCGCAUGGACGGGACGACAGCCUGUAUGUCAGCGUGAGCGUGUGGAACAAUAGCGGGGGCCAGGGAGGUCAGGGGGGAUACGAGGUCUACGUAACCAAGCACAGGGUGGACGGGACCGAAGUGUGGAGAAGGGAAGUAGCAGGAGGCGAAGGAAGCACCAUGGCGGAGGGGAUCGGAGUAGACGAGGCGGGGAGUGUGUACGUAGGCAUGCGGAGGUAG